GUGUACUAGUACAUCUGUAGAAAUGCCUCACGUACAGAAUGAACGAGGUCAAGAUGAGUUCAUUGAGGUCAGCAAAAUGAGUAUCAGCUGUCUUCCCCUGGUAUUGAAAUACUAAUGUCAUAGGUUAUUCCAUGCAGUUAUCAUGGCAACAGAUACUUCUCCCAUUCCUGCAAAGAGAAUAAUUCUGUGGACUUAUGCUCGGACACGAUCAACGGUCUUCGAACUGUCAGUUUCUUCAGUGCCAACAAUCAAAGUGUUCCACGAGCCAUAUCUUACGGGGCUGUGGAUGGGCGAAGAAAAAGAGCAUGAAACAUCGAUGCCCAGCGUGAAGGGACACAGCAAGGAAGACGUCAAACCUUUACUUGAAGCGGAUUAUUCAGGGUACGAAGCGAUCUUCGUGAAAGAUUACGCUUACGCACUGCGUGGUAAAACCAAUUACCGCUUUAUUCCACGUGGAUUUGUCCACACGUUUCUAAUCAGAAAUCCGCAGGCUGUGAUACCUUCUUAUUACAAGUGUAUCAAAAUAGACAAAGAAACCGGUUUAGUGUUACAUGAUGAUGUUAUAAAAUCAACCAUGACAUUGGGCGGUGACCCUAAGCCGUUGUACGAGUUAUACCAGUAUGUAAAAGAAGACCUCGGUCAACAAGCGAUCGUCCUCGACUCCGAUGAUUUGAUUGAAUCUCCGCGAGACAUGAUGAAGAAAUACUGUAAAGAAUCGGGCCUUCCAUUUGCUGAAUCUAUGCUAAACUGGAAGCCCGGUAAUAUCAGUCAUUGGCCAGAGUGUUACCAAGGCCCUGAAUGGUCACAUUAUUUGCAGAGAGCGAUCGACAGUUCCUCUUUUGUCGUUAACAAGCACAAAGUCGAGCAAGAUAACAUUCAGGAUCUUCCGGAAAAACUGAUACAGUUCAUUGAGAAAUCAAAAGUUGUAUACGAGGAAAUGGCUAAAUAUAAGUUGUAACAUCUAUUUGUAAUACGUAUAAAUAAACUAGACUAACUAGGCGAAAAGGC